AUGGAUGCUGAACACUUCACAUCAAAGACCAGCAACUUCCCCAAGAAGAAGUGCGGCGUUCUCGGCGCGACAGGCUCGGUCGGCCAACGUUUCAUUCUGCUACUUGCGCUCCACCCACACUUCGAGCUGCACGCCGUAGGUGCCUCAGAACGAUCGGCGGGUAAAAAGUACAAGGAUGCGGUGAAAUGGAAACAGGCGCUGCCGUUCAAUGAGCGCAUAGGCAACUUGGUCGUCAAAAAGUGCGUGGCAGAAGAAUUCGCAGAUUGCGAUCUCGUAUUCUCAGGCCUCGACAGCGAUGUUGCGGGUCAAGUUGAAAUGGACUUCCUGAAGGCCAAUCUCGCUGUCUUCUCCAACGCAAAGAACUACCGCCGCGAUCCCCUCGUCCCGCUCGUCGUCCCGACAGUCAACCUGCCACAUCUUGAUGUCAUUCCGCACCAAAGAAAACACCAUGGACUGGAGAAAGGUUUCUUGGUGUGCAAUUCGAACUGCGCCGUCAUCGGUAUAGUUAUUCCGUUCGCCGCACUCCAAGCCAAGUUCGGGCCCGUAGACCAGGUCUCGGUCGUCACCAUGCAAGCCGUCUCCGGCGCUGGAUAUCCUGGCGUCAGCAGCAUGGACAUCAUCGACAAUGUUGUGCCCUUUAUUUCGGGUGAGGAGGAUAAGCUCGAGACGGAGGCGCAGAAGAUAUUAGGCUCCGUCAACGGCGAAGUGACUGGCUUCGUAGACCAGCCCAUGAAGAUCUCCGCCGCAUGUAACCGCGUUCCAGUCCUUGAUGGACACACAGCAUGUGUAUCGUUGCGUUUCCAGCAGAGGCCUCCGCCGAGCGCCGAACAGGUCAAGCAGGCGAUGAGGGAGUACGUAUCCGACGUGCAAAAGCUGGGAUGCCCUUCUGCACCCAGCAGGGCAAUUGCAGUGAUGGACGAACCGGACCGCCCGCAACCUAGGUUGGAUCGUGAGACUGAUAGAGGCUAUGCGGUCAGUGUUGGACGCAUCCGAGAAGACGAAGCCGGCAUCUUUGACAUCAAAUUCGUUGCUCUUAGCCACAAUACCGUCAUCGGUGCGGCUGGUUCCUCCAUAUUGAACGCCGAAGCCGCGGUAUUAAAGGGAUACGCAUAG